AUGGAAAACAAUAUGGAAGAUUUAGCAAAUUUGACUGUGCCAAAUCCGGUUAUGGAAGUUUCAUCGACACCAAUGAAUAUUUUCAACGAAAAAGUGGGGAAAACAGUAACUGAUAAAUUUUCCACACCAGUGAAGUCUACACUACCCCCAAUUGAUUCGCGCACGAUUACUCGACCAUCGAAACGAGCGCAGAAUUUACCUGAAGUGGCACAAAAUUCACCUGAAAUAACACAAAAAUCAGCUGUGAAAGCACAACCGGAUGAUUUGUCUUCGAGUUCAGAACAGAUUAGUCGAUCGUCUACAGAAUCUGCGGUUUCUACCAAAAAGAGUGAGAAACAUCAACAAGAACAAACGGGUGGUGAAAAUAAACCUUCUCAUCGUGCAAGGCAGCGAACAAUUACUGUCCAAAGUCAAAUAAGCCAUGAUAUUGCUAAUGCAUUUAGUGAAGCUAAACAAGUACAUGGAAGAGGCAGUGUUUUGGCAAAUUCACCAUCGAGAGGCCAUUCCUGUGGGCUAGGGUCAGACCGUGUAUUCUCACAAAGUGAUAUCGCAUUGUUAAUCAAGGAACGAGAUCAACUAUCUGAAGAAGUGAAUUCACUUGAACUCAGUUAUUGUGAAUUGUUUCAUCGUUAUGAAAAGUUGCGGCAAACAAGUAUCGAAAUUAAGAAGUAUGGUGAUGAUAUGAAAAGUGAAUGUGAGGAAAUAUCAAAGCGCUAUAUGAUGCUCACUGAAAAAUUUAAUGCUUUGAGGGCUAAUGCUGAAGAACAACUCAAUCUCGCUAAUGAUGAGGUUGAUAAUCUACUAAAGCAGCAUGAAUCUGAUACUUUAGCUCUUCGGCUGAAAGUUAAACAGCUAGAAUCGAAAAAUGAAACACUUACAAUUAGUUUGAACGCCAAACAAAAAGAAGUGGAUCAGAUGACAGCUCUCUUUGAAGAGGUCAUUAAUAAAGCGGAGGCAAAUACUGAUGUCGACGAAUAG